GACUUUUAUGAAACAUAUUCAGAGUAUAAACUGAGACACGGCUCCAGCAGCAGAGAAACCACAAACACUUCCAGCUUUUCCAGAAUCUUUAUUUAUUUUGUGACAAUGCGUUUACACAGGUCAGAGAAUUUGUUGGGGGCUGCUCUGUUUGUUCUGCUGGCUGUCCGUCAACAAUGUGUCUCAGGUGACCCUAACAUUUUGGCCCCACCAGAGGUCACGAUGCAAAACGGCACCAUGUAUGCAGCCUGCAAACUAAGACCCAUCAACUCACUGCCGGACGGCGUGCCCAGAGUGUACGGCCAUGUGCUGUUCAAACAGGAUCACCCUGACGGAAAACUCAAUGUCAUCCUCCGGCUCAAAGGUUUCCCCACGGAUGUCACUCCAGAGUCGCACAGAGCCGUGCACAUCCACCAGUACGGUGACCUGGGCCACGAAUGUAAAGACGCCGGUGGCCACUACAAUCCGACUGAUGUGAAUCAUCCAAACCACCCGGGGGACUUUGGGAACUUUCAACCCCAGGAAGGAAAAAUCCACAUGUUAAUGGAAUUGGAGGCUACGCUGUUCGGAGGGCUGUCGGUGAUUGGAAGAGCCGUGGUGGUGCACGAAAAGAUGGAUGACUUGGGCCUCGGUGGAGACGAGGGCAGCCUGCUGAAUGGAAAUGCAGGUCGGAGGAUUGGUUGUUGUGUUAUUGCGAUUUACCCAGCUACUCUGUGGAAUAUGUAUCACGAGCAGCUUCAAAACAAUCUGCUGAGUGGAAAUUAGUGCCACAGUCACGGUACAUACUGUAAAUCAUUUCACAGAUGUUGCCUUUGUGUUGUAUUCUGUGUCUGAUUAUCAAAUGUACUGGAAACAACAAUAUUCUUAACUCAAUGCCAUACAAUUUUGGUUGGAACAACACUUUUGAUGGAUUGAAAAUAAAUAAGAUACAGAAAUUCAUGGUUCCCAGAGGAUGUAUCAUUGUUGGGUUUUUUCAUGACUUUUCUAAGUUAGAUUCCUUUUAUAAAACCUCACAUAAGAGUCUGAUUUACAUAUUGUUACAUACUGGGCCUAUACUUCCUUGAUGUCAUGUGACACAAUCCCCUACAUUUUCAUAAUACACCCCUUGUGGUUAGUCCCACCCCCCAAACAAAGCCAGAUAAAGAAAGAGAUCAAUCAUGCAAUGGACACUGAGGAAAUUGAUUCGUUUUCUGACCAUUAGACUAAACCUUUUGAAGUAACAACAUAAAAAACGUGAAAUAAUAAUAUAAUAAUAUGUCUCUUUUAACCUAUAUUUUCAGAGAACACAAUAUAUCAAAUCCUAUAUUCUAUAGUAUCUCAUUUGUACUGCAUACAAAACUGUUUUCCCAAAGGCAGUAGUUGAAAAUCGUUUAUUUUCCACAAAUAUAUGAUGUAUUUGUUCACAUUUAACACGUAUACGAUACACAAAAGCACAGGUGAGACAUUAGUGCUGGUAAUCUAUGUGGCUCCAGUGUGUUACACCAGAAUUGUUUCUAUUAUGUUUGAGUGAAUGAAAUAAAUGGCUUAAAUUUUGUUCUCUA